CUGGCUGGGAACGCGCAGGCAGCAGGAACUCGCUGGUCGUCCAGUUGGCAAACUGACGAAGUUGUCUUCGGAAACUUGAAGGCUCAAAACAAAACCACUAUGACUUCGACGAACAUGUAUCAGGGGUUGGAUAGUGGCUCAAAACCAAGUUCAAGGGUGUUGCAGCCUCCUGGAGGUGGCUCCAGUAACCUGUUUGGUGGCUAUGAAGAUGAUUCUGCAGCAACAAGAAGACCAAAUAAGAUGGCUUCUAAAGUCUUUGCUCCACCAGAGGAGCCCCAGAGUGUGCCCAGACGCUCCAACCCUCCAGGUGGGAAGAGUAGUGGAAUAUUUGGGGAAUCUGAACCCCUUGCUCAACCACAGAGACCCAUACCACCAGGUGGAUCAACCAGCAACAUAUUUGGGGCUGCGGAAAGUGCACCUGUGCAAAGCCCAAGCAGAAGCCACCCGAAUAAGCCAAAGUCUGCAUCAGUGGAAGAUUUCGGAGCUGCCAACUCAGUCAAACCACUCACAGCAUGGGACAAUCUAAGUGUGGGACCUGAAUCUGAAUCACCAGCACCUGAAGUCAAGGUCAGCCAACCUGAAGUGAAGGAAGAAGCUGCCCCCCCAGCUCCCAUGCCAGCCAAGGAAGAGCCUCCUGCUGCUGUGUCAGCCCCACCUGAGCCUGAACCCACUCCUUCCUCUUCCCCACCUCCUGAUGAGACUUCACUGAAGAACCAUGAGCCUCACCUGGGACCCAGGCCUCGCUCUCACAACAGGGUCCUCAACCCACCUGGAGGAAAAUCUAGUGUGGUAUUCUACUGAUCAGCUGAACACACUACUCCUCCCUGUUUGUGUCCAUACACUCCUUGUCUGCUCCCCUGUUAAUCUUCUCUCAUUCCAACACGCCUUUCCCCACGGUUAUUUCACCUGUACAUCUAAACACAGACCAGGAAUUUUGUUCUCCACACCUGUUUCCUGGUCAUAUAUGUUUUCCUCAACUUCUUGCACUUUCGGUCCUAUUUCUGUCUCCUUGCUCUUAGUCCAAGUCUUCAUAUUAUUCUCAAUUGAAACCUGCAAUCAUACAAUCAUACCACCAGUCAAUCAACAGGCUAGCUUUUACUUAGUCACCUUGUCUGUGACACCUAUUCAAUCUCAAUAUUGCGGUUACAUUUUCACUGUUUCUGUGUUUGAGCAUGUGUAAAUGUAGUCUGGUUUAAGGCACAGUUAUUUGUCAUUUUGAAAAAAGAAAUGCAUCUCAAGAAAGGUUUAGACAUUGGAAGAAGCUUUAAAUGAUCUGGUGUGACAAAUCCUUGCGUAAGUUCAAAGCAGACAUUUGCUCAAAUUUGUUUUAAGCCUUAAUGUUUUACAGAUAGGAUGGGGUGAAUAGAUCUUCUCACCACUGUAAUAAGUCAAAUGUUUCAGGGAGUCCCAGUAGUGCCACCCUUUUUUUUUUUUUUUUUUUUUUUUUAAAUGCGCUGCCAGAUCCUUAUUGGAUGAUGACAUUAAACCCUUUUUUUCUGCAGUUAUUCCAAAUAGAUGUGUUAGACUUAAACCAAUAACUUUAUAAUCAGAAGCCUUAUAACUUGUAAGCGUUCUUUAUGCCUUGUCCCUAAUUUCAACAAGUGUCUAGAUUAAUAAUCUGAUGUCAGAGCACUCUUGAAAACUCUGUUUUGGGAGAGAUGCCAAAAAUUGACCUUGAAACAAAGAUGAACGAAUUGUUUACUCCCAAAUGCUUCUGCUUCCUUAAAGAAAUUCCAUUUUGAUUUUAAUGCGAAUGUAUUGUGCAGGUACUUUCUGCUUUGUCCUCAUUGCUUGCUUUAUCUGAGAACAUGCCUUCUUUUUUUGCUUGGGGUAGGCCUCUGUUUAUGUUUUAAAUUAAAACGGCUGAAGACAAGUGAACUCUGGACAAGCGCGUGGCCUACCUGAGUCCAGGUGGGCUCAUUGAUAAUCACCUUUUCACUCACUUCAUGACGCACAUUCAUGGUAUUCUGGUGCCAGCCUGUCCCCAGUGUGUUGAUGUGCCUGGCAGGCAAUGAGCGCAGCAGAAGAAAGAAAUCCUGUGUAUUGCAAUAAAACAAUUGUUUUGCAUUUAGA